AUGUCUCAUGACAUGCCCAUGCCUAUGCCUAAUCACACCAUGAUGCACAUGACCUUCUUUUGGGGCAAAAAUGUAGUCAUGUUAUUCGAUGACUGGCCUAAUGGCAAGCUGGGCAUGUACAUUUUGGCUUUAGUUGUUCUCUUUAUCGUCGCCGUUGCAAUCGAGUUUCUAGCCUACUUUUCUGUCGUCAAGACACAAGCAAGUCCAAUCAUUAGCGGGUUGGCUCACGCGUCGGUCUAUGGGCUUCGAAUGGCACUUGCUUACCUUGUAAUGUUGGCUGUGAUGUCCUACAAUAUUGGUGUUUUUAUAUGUGUAGUGGUGGGACAUGCUUUCGGGUAUUUUCUUGUGAAGUACCGGGCAGCUUUGAAAGGCAAAGAUGAUUUGGUGUAUUGUCUUAUGACAAAUUUGACUCUGCAAUUUGGCAAACACAUAUUCGACUUUUGA